CAACUUGAAUUUAUCACUGAAGCUCGACAAUUGCAAGCUCCAUUAUCUUAGAUCGUUAUCACCGAACAAGGCUCUAAAUUUAUCUCUACAUUACCGCAUAUUUCUCAACUAUCCCAGCAGUUGGGUGCUCCAUUCUUCACUACAACACGGAUCGACUGUCACAACUCUUCUUCUUUCCUACUUUCUGUGCAGAUUCCUUUGAUAUUUGGGCCCUUGAAGGGAAAGGCGGCCUCUCCUUGGCAGAGUGGGCUAGUUAUAAAUGAGACAAGAAGCAUGGCCACCCAAAUGACUGUAGGUUCAUCAAUGGCCGACGAGCUAAAAGAGCUCAUCGAGAAUGGGAAACUUACUCCAGAGGCUGCAGUAGCUUAUCAACAGAUGCUCAAUCAGCAAUCUAAAGUCCCCAAUUACGACAUGUACAGGACUAACAGCAUAUCAAAAGGAGAUCAACUCUUUAACUUUCAUGUCAUUCGCUGGACUAAAGGAAGAAAUGUCGAAAGACUUAUUUUACAAUUUGAUUUCGAUACAAAAACAAUCUCGUGCAUACAACACGGAACUAGGACUAAUAAAAUUGAUUUUGAUGAUAUAACAAGCUACCAGAGUGAGGAUGGACUUAGAAUGACCAUUAGCUUUGGAUCAAAGUCUGAAUAUGAGCUUGAUGCUGAUACUCAAGAUGAAAAAAAUAAAAUGAUAAGACUCUUGGCCGAAAUUCAAAGAAAGAAACAACAAACUGAACAGCAGGUCCAUCCUGUAGCUGUUUAUCAAGAAACUCGCGGCGUUUCUUUUGAUAUGGACUCUACUCAACUUUCUCUUGAAGAGGAAGCUGUCACUAGUAAAGGGAUGACUAGUAGUAGCUCUGUCUCUAAUGUUGUUGUCAAGGAAGGCAUUUUAGAAAAAAAGGGACACUCUACUGCUUUCUUCAUGUGGCCUAAACGAUUUGUACGACUAACUGAAGGAGAGAUGUCAUAUUUUAGGCCUGAAGACAGAGAAAAUGCUCUUAACAUCCUUCCACUUAAUUCAACUGUUACUAGUGUUAAAAAAGUUGGUAACAUUGGGAUUGACGUAUUGAUAGAAACUGGGAACAAAUCCUACAGUUUUCGUGUUCCUAUUCCACAAGCAUCAGAAAAAGAAAGAGACAUCUGGUUUGAUGCAAUCAUGAGUUGUAUGUAUACAAGCUCAUGGAAGAGAACAAAAACAAUGAAAGACAUAAAAAGGACCAGUACUAAAACUGGUCUCUCAACAUUUCGAAAUCGUUUCACUCGUCAGCACACCCCAACCAGGGAUCCAGACCCCUCCACUGGGAAUGCUCCCUCUCCUGGGAACGCUCCCUCUCCUGAUAAACCAAAGGGAAGGAUCAAGAGAGCAGCAACAAUAGUUCUUGGUGGCCGAGCCUCGCGGUCUUCUGUCUCUUUUGACGUCAAUUCACCGCUAUCUAGUAGCCCGAAGAAUCAAAGCACUCAAAGUCCGAGGGUAAGGAACUCGACCUUUUUUACUGGUAGCGAGAAAGGCCUUGACAUUGCUGCAAUGUUUGUGCAUCCGUCGCCAGGAGAGGUGGAGCCGCUGAAUUUAAACGGGUUAAAUUUGGGGGAGAUGAUGUCAUUGCUCCAUCAUCACAUCAAUGAGUUGAAUGCUAUGGUACUCCCCAUGACUACUGGUAAAGCAGAAGUGAAUAUGACGAUCAGUAGGGUAGGCAGUAUAAUAGCUGCUAUUGAAGCCACCAUUUCUAGUGAUCCUCAUAAAUUCCCACCGACUAGAACCGCAUCGGUUUCCAUUCCUUCUCGACGCUCAUCUCAAGACGUGACCACACCCACUAGACGCUCUUCAAAGGAUACUUCCUCCAGACGCUCUUCUCAGACAGUCUCUUCCGACCCACCUGUCCCACUUGAGAACGGGAUUGAUAAUACAAGUCACAGCACUGCUUUUAGUCCUACUCAUUCUGACGCCACGCAUCAAAGCACUGAAGAAGUUUUGAGUAUAUCAAGUGUUAAUACUGCCAGUGAUGCUAUCAUUGCCGCUCCUCCUCUCACCGAGACUGAGUCUGAUCCCAUCCUACCAAUUCUUGAAGACGAUCCUUUGCAACAAGACGAUAUAUCUCCCCUUCCUCCUUCCUCUCCUACUAGCGACGUCACUCCUCCUCCUCCUCUAGGAGACAUCUCUCCUCCUCCUCCACUUGCAAUGUCUUUUCUUCCUCCUCGAGUUCCUACGAAAACUCCAAAACAAAAAAUGAAGCCUUUUCAUUGGGCUCCAUUACCUCCCAUGAAUGUUGUCAAGUCCUGUUGGAUGGACUUGAUAAAAUCAGACAAAACCAAUUCGCUUGAUUUGCCUAAACUUGAGACAAUGUUCUGUAAGACUGAGAGAAAUGAAGCACAAGUGGCAGCAAAACAAGGUAUAUUUCUUGCUGGUUUUCAAAUUCAUAAUGACACUAUUGAACGAGAACUAAACAAAAUUGAAGGAGGACUAGAAACUGAACACAUAGUCGCUCUGAAAAGAUUUCAGCCAAGCGUUGAAGAUAAGGAAAUGUAUAAAAAUUAUAAAGGAGACAAGACUAGCUUACAAUCUACUGACCAAUUCUUAAUAAAACUAUGCAAUAUUGAAUUAUUAGAUACAAGGCUGGACCUUCUAUUCACCAUUACAGAAUUCCCUGCGGAAUUUGAUAGCUUUCGACCAAUACUCACUCUUGCUUGUAGUGCUUGCAAGGUAUUGAACGAAAGUAAGAGUUUCAUCAGUGUGAUGGAGUAUGUGCUUGCAAUGGGUAAUUAUAUUAAUGCUAAUACCAAGAAAGGUGGAGCUUAUGGAUUCAAACUAUCAUCACUAACAAAGUUAAUAGAGUUCAAGGCUCAGGACUCAAAGCAUACACUGUUGCAUUAUUUAGUUGAACUUUUGCACGAGAAUGACACAGAGCUGUUGUCCUUUCAUGAAGAGAUGGACUGCAUUGUGAAAGCUGCUGAUACUGAAAUCUCAACAAAGAGUAUCCUAGCAGAAUUAGAAGUCAAACAGAGGCAGUUGACAAGGAUAGAAAGAGAUGUCAAUAAGAUAAUGGAGCACAAGUCGCUAGCAGAAUCUUGCUCUAGUCUACAAAGCGAAGUAAUGAAAUUUGUAAGAACUUAUCGCGAGGAAAUCUCAACCCUUGAUGACAGAGGAAGAGAAAUGACUGAAACAUAUAAAGCUAUAUUAGAGAAGUUUGGCGAGCCUCCUUCGACGGAUAGUGAGGAUUUGUUCAGUCAUGUUGCAAUAUUUAUAAAGCAGUUCAGAAAUGUGAAGAAAGAGUUAUAUCCUCCUCCUAAGCCAUCGCCUAAAGUUCCACGACACAGAUCAAAUGCAAUGGAUUCUACUGAGCCUACGUCACCCAAUAAGACAAAGCAACCAGUUAGAGGACCCCAAGUGUUACCAGAUGAAAAGACUCAAGAGAUUUCAUUAUCUUCUGGGGAGAAGUCAAGCAAGUUCUCAAAUUCAUCAAGUUCAAGACGAUCGGUUCACAAAGCAAUGAGUUUUGAUGUUAUUGAUGGAGGAGCAGCUCCACCCACCGUGACUGAGAUCAAUGAAAGUGCUAAUGAAUUGAGUACACUUGCCAAAAUCAAGAAUAGAAGAGGUGGAACAGUGAAAAAGGUCCCUCCUCCAUCGAAAGAUGGAUUCCUAAUGAAGAAAGCAAGAGAGAAGAGGCUUCUGGGCUCAGAAUGGCAGAAGCGUUACUUCCAAUUGGAGAUGGGACAGCUUCAUUUCUCAGACGGUAAAGGACAGAAGAACAAGCUAAGCGACUCUAUAAUACUCCAAGGGAUUCCAAUAGCACAGAGCAUGGAGGAUCCAUUGAUAAUCGAAAUACAUGCUAAACCAAUCCUGUAUAUCAAAGCAUCCAGUAUUGCUGAAACACAAGAAUGGUACAAGACACUACUUGAGCAUCAGAAAUGA